ACAUUUGGGCGCAUCCUCAGAGAAGAGCAGCCCGUGACGCUCGCCUACGAAAGAGCACAGCGUCGAGUGAUAUUAUACUGGAAAAGCACCGCACAGGGAAAAGGACAGCGCCUUUUCUUCGCCUCAGACGAGGCGGAGAGCGUUCAUAAGAAGCAAGUGUGUGAGCAGCAGCAGGAAGAGGAGGACCCCGCUGCACAGGAGCCAGCCCCCCCUGACACAGCUCAGGAAAGCCCCUCCGGCACCUCGCUGCCCCCUGGGGGCUCGGAGGAGGAACAGCAGCUAAAGCCCCGUCAGCGCACCUCCGCUGGCCGUGGCCUCUCCCGCCUUUUCUCCUCCUUCCUGAAGCGCCGUUCACAGUGCUCGGAGGGCGAGGGGGUGGAGACGGAGAGGGCCCGCGAGAAGGAGAACCAGGACGAACCCAAAGCUCCUAUAGCAGACCCUGAGCCAGAAUUGCGCAUAGAGGGCGAUGUUGCUCUAGACCAGCACUCAAUCAGCAGUGCUGAAAACCAGCAAAUCGUAGCAGAUCAGAAAGAAGACGCCGAGCUGGAGUCAGGCAAGGGAGAAAAGGGGGAAAAGGGGGAGAAGGGGGAGAAAAAGGAAAAGAAGGAAAAGAAAGAAAAGAAGGAGAAGAAGGAGAAAGCAGAUAAGGAGAAGCUAGAGAAGAAGGAAAAGCCAGAGAAAAAGGAGAAAGCGGAGAAGAAAGAGAAGAAGGAGAAAAAAGAGAAGAAGGAGAAGAAAAACGAGGACAAGGCCAAAGGAGAGGAGGAAAAGGAAAAAGACAAAGACAAGGAAAAGGAGAAGGAACAAGAGAAGGUGGAGGAAGAGCCCAAGCCGGAAGAUGCAGGUGCAGCAGAAACAGAAGUAAAGGAGGAAGAGGAGGAAAAAGAGGAAGAGAAGGAGGAGAAGAACACAGUGGAAGAGGAGGAGGGGAAGAAGCAGAAAGCAGCUCGCCGGCCAAGGAUCAUGCACUGCAAAGUCAAACUGCUGGAUGAUUCUCUAUUCGAGUGUGAGCUGGAAAAACACGCUAAAGGCCAAGAUCUGUUUGCAAAGGUUUGUGACCACCUGAACCUGUUAGAGAAAGACUAUUACGGUCUGGCUAUCUGGGAGACACCAACCAUAAAGACAUGGUUGGACUUUACUAAGGAGAUCAGACGGCAAAUACAAGGCACCGACUAUGAUUUCACAUUCAAUGUGAAGUUCUACCCACCUGAUCCUGCCCAGCUAUCAGAAGACAUCACCAGGUACUUCUUGUGUUUGCAGCUGCGGAAGGACAUCAAGAAUGGCCGUUUGCCCUGCUCUUUCGUGACCUUGGCACUCCUGGGCUCUUAUGCCCUGCAGUCUGAGCUGGGGGAGUAUGACCCUGAGGUUCACGCCAGUGAUUAUGCCAAGGAGCUUCAGCUGAUUCCUGGACAGACCAAAGAACUGGAGGAUAAAGUCAUGGAGCUUCAUCGCACAUACAGGUCUAUGAGUCCGGCUCAGGCUGAUAUGAUGUUCCUGGAAAAUGCCAAAAAAUUGGCCAUGUACGGUGUCGAUCUACAUCAGGCAAAGGAUCUGGAUGGAGUGGAUAUAAUGUUGGGCGUCUGCUCCAGUGGUCUGAUGGUCUAUAAAGACAAGCUGAGGAUUAAUCGAUUCCCCUGGCCAAAAGUUCUCAAAGUCUCCUACAAACGCAGCAGUUUCUUCAUAAAGAUUCGGCCAUCUGAUCUGGAACAUUACGAAAGCGCCAUUGGCUUUAAACUGCCCAACUACAAGGCUGCCAAGAAACUGUGGAAAGUCUGCGUGGAGCAUCACACUUUCUUCAGGUUGACAUCUACAGAAGCAGCCACUACCCCCAGGAAGUUCCUGGCUUUGGGAUCAAAGUUCCGCUACAGCGGCCGCACUCAAGCCCAGACCCGUCAGGCCAGCUCUAUGAUCGACAGACCUGCUCCUCAUUUCCAGCGCUCCACCAGUAAGAGGGCGUCCCGCAGCUUAGACGGAGCCAUGGUCUCGACCCCAGAUAAGAACGCCCGUCCUGUCAGCGCUCCCAUCAUGUCUCCCAUCUCCCCAGGUGAUGUGGCUCCUUCCCCAGUAGCAUCUGGCACCCGCAGUGACCGCAAAGAGACGUCCACGCCAACGGGCCGCCUGCGCUCCACUGACAGGAAGAGUGAGGUGAGGGCAGAGGCCCAUGUGACAGAUGGCUCCAAAACACUCAGCACCAAAGCUGAGGGCACACAUGAAAUCAAGACGGUAGCGCGGCGAGAACGGCGGCACCGUGAUGCCCCGGUGGUGACGGCCACCAAUGGGGAGAGAAAGAGCCAGUCGCCACGGGUGGACACAGAGAUGGUGCGCAUGAGGAAGAAAAGAGCAAAGAAAAUUGAGGGCGAAACUAUUUAUAUCAGACAUAGCAAUUUAAUGUUGGAGGACGUGGAUAAGACACAGACAGAAAUCAUGCGUCAUCACACCAGUAUCAGUGAGCUCAAGCGAAGCUUCAUGGAGUCGGUGCCUGAACCACGGCCCAGUGAGUGGGACAAGCGUCUGUCCACUCACUCGCCCUUCCGCACAGCCAGCAUCAACGGCCAGAUGCAGCCAGACUCUCCUGUGGUAAAGACAAAAACCAUCACCAUUUCUGAUGUCACCAACUCCCUUCGCAGUGAAAUCGCCACCAAGGACAUCCCGAUAGUGCACACAGAGACCAAGACCAUCACCUAUGAGUCUGCACAGCCUAAUGCACUGGCAGAAAAGGAGUCUGGGAUGCUGUUGAGUGCUCAGACCAUCACCUCAGAGACUGUGAGCACCACCACCACAACCCAGAUCACCAAGACGGUGAAAGGCGGGAUCUCAGAGACCCGUAUCGAGAAGAGAAUCGUGAUCACUGGAGACACUGAGAUUGACCAUGACAAGGCUCUUGCUCAGGCUAUAAAGGAAGCGAAGGAGCAGCACCCCGACAUGUCUGUCACUAAAGUGGUGGUGCAUCAGGAAACAGAGAUUACCCCAGAGUAACUCCUAUAUAAGACACAGGGUGAAAAACAGGACCAGUCGGGUUUAUGAAUGUGAAAAAGAAAACCAAGAACGCAAGAGCCCUCAUGUCCAGCCCUUUCUCAUCAACUCACCGUAUCUACCAAGUUCCUCCACGGACAAACACUUCCUGUAGCAGCACAUGUCCCAUUCGUCUAAGGUAGACCUACUGUAUAACAUCUGUCAGUCCUCAAGCAUUUCGUUCUGCAAACUGAGCAUCAUCUAUUCUCAGACCAGUUCUCAUCCAGAUCCCAACACCUCACCUCGGACAGCCUUUCCCCAAAUUCUGCCUGUUCCACCUUUUUUCAAGACAUUCCAUUAAGAACUGAACCAUGUUUCAAAGUCGUUUUCUAAAACAGCGGCAAGAGCAGCUUUUUAUCUCAAAUUCAUACUAUAUUUUUAGGGUGGAUUCCAAAGGGAUGGUUCACAUAAUAACAAAUGGGAGGUGGGAAUUUAAAGGACAAUUUUCUAAAGUGUCAAUUUUGUUGUUGUUGUUGUUGUUGUUGUUGUUGUUUUAACUUAAUUUAUUAUUAUUUUUUAAUUGGUUGAUUAAAGGUCAUAUUACGUUGUUGCAUUUAUUAUUCUACAUCUCAGACAGGAUGAUGAUGUGUAUUUCAUAAUCUAAAACUCUUGUUUCAGGGCAGUUCACUCCAAAAUUCCAACUUAUUAUUUAGUGAUGUAGACAGUUUAACAGAAUGUUCAUGAUUCUUAUUUCCAUUCUUUUUCCAACGACUUAGCAUGUGUGUACAAGAGGCAAAACAGUAUCAGGAAUUCUUCUGGUACACAUAACUAAGGAGAUCUGCUGCAAUGAGAUCUCCUUCUGAUAGCUGUAUUGAACUGGAAAGGGAAAGAUUGUAACUAAAGAGGGUCGCACACAUUUUUGAAUCAUUCAAAACAUAGUUUUCUAUUAGUGUAUGCACACCGGUGGCACAUUUUGGUGUCUGGCCAUGGUGCCCAGCUACAAAUCAGGACGCUGUUCAAAUUUCUGCCACUCCACAGAGUGCGAUCUGAAGUCUUCUCUUACAUAACAUUACAGAAUGUGCUCCUCUGUUGUGCGAACACUGAAGUUGUCAUAGACGUGUUUUGGUGCUAUGCUUCUCGCCCAACAUAAGACAAGAAGAAACAGGAUGGGUGGUGUCCUGUAGCUACACACACACAAAGACACACACACAAUGAUAACAAAAUAAAUCUAAAUACAUUUUUAAUUUAAGAAAAAGCUUUUUUAAAUAACCAACAAUCAUAACAAACUUGAGCAUGUCACUUUUAAAGAAACUCAUGAAAUUAAAAAGGGACAAUGGUAAUUAAUUGACAAUGGAAGUCUUUGACUACCAGAAACUGUUUGAUUGACUAAAUAUAAAUUUGCCUUUUUAUUUACAACACUUUGUUUACCUUAUUUGGCCAAACUACACGAGCCUUUUUAAAUAAACUGAAAUAAUAUCAGGAAGAACAUCUUACAAUCAGAUUAAAUUAAUACAAUUCCUCUUGACAACAAAGAUAGCAAAGAAAACAACCUUAACAUUUAGAUAAAUUUACUGUUUAUUUAUAAAUUGAUUGUUUAACAAGGGGUAUGAUGUCGCAUGAAUACAAUAAAAUUAAUAAUAAAAAUGUCAUGAAAUUUAAAACUAAAACCGCCAAUAGAUGUAGUCAAGUCUUCGACAUUGUCUCUGAAUGUUUCAUUUAAUUGAGUUGUUCGAACUCCUGAUUCAUUCACAAAUGUCUUGCUGAAUACACGACUGAAUCAUUGUCUCAUAUCAAAGCUCAAGAUUUAUUCGUAAACAAAAUAUGGUAUGAAGAUGUACUGCAGCUGAGCUGUUUGGAAGCAUUUUCCAGAAAACGUAGCAACAUUUGGACAACAGUGAUUCUAAAAAUGCAUCACAUCAGUUGCGUUCUGAUUUUAGGGAUAAUAGUAAGGGUUCAUUUUAGAAACAGGGAGCCUUGAAUCUGCUGUAACUCAGAUAUUAACAGUGAAACUUGGGUUGCUAAAGUAAAUGUUAGCUAGCCCUGUUAACUGUUUUAUAGUGAAUAUAGAACAGCUUGUUGUACUCGCGUCAAGUCGCCUAAACUGUUUUGAAAUGCAGUUAUGCACGGCAGGUACAGCAUACAUAUAUAAUAUAUAAACAAUAAAAUAUCAUACCUUCUGUUCUCUUCCGUCUGAACUGCUCUCUUAGACAUUUUGAAAAUCGUGCACAAUGACGCAAUGAACUGUAUGGCGCUUGUGAGUUGCGCCUUAUUACAAUACUGAGAUCUGAUUGGUCAAGCGUCAUAGUUUAUAAGUUAUAAAUAACCAUAAAUAGAGAUUUUUAAUAUUUAAUUUGCAUGAUAAGUUUUACAUUACACACACUGCUGUUAAUCUAAAGAGGAUGUGGGGAUGGUGGUUUUACAAAGGGGAUGGUGGUUUUACAAAAGGGAUGUUUUUUGUCACUUAUUUCCAUUUAAGGGAUGCCAUCCCCCCGCAUCCCCCCUCAAUUUGAGCACAGAGUAUAUCUGUGUAUCCUACCUGUAUCAUAUAAUACCUGUGUAUGGAGCUGUAACAAAAGAAUGUCACAUUUUGGUGAAAUUGUGUUAUGUACUUGUGUAAAACACAUUAUUGCUAACGGAUAUACUGUAUUAGUUUAUUUAUCAAUUCGUUUGAAAUAGAUGAAGAAUUUCUGUCUCACAUCUUUUCAGUGUGACAGAAAUUGACAGAAUUUACACAAUAAACCUCAGUAUCAGACCAAUCGCAUGCGAGUUCAUGUCAAGUGUGAACUCACCUUUAAAUACAUGGUCAUUUCAUCCCCAAAAAAUAAGAAAGAUGGACUCUCCUUCAUCGAGUUUCAAGUAAAUAUUGUCACCGGAAGUUUUUCAUUACCAACAUUUUUUCAAAUAUCUUCCUUUUUGUCACGUGAGAGUGAACUUAUCCUGACAGGUAUUACUUAUUUUGGGUGAAAUACGUGUAUCCCAUUAAGUCCCACCACCCCCUCCUUUCCCCCUUUUCUCAAAUGUAAUUUUCAAUCACAUCAAUGCCAAUGUAAAAGGUUUGAUGUCAAUAAUGUCAAAUAGAAUUUAUAUUCAUGAGUCUUGCCACAGAUCAACAUAGAUUUGAAUAAUAUGAAAGACAGUGAUUAAAUUUGUUCCUCACAUCAAACUACAACAUGACUUGGAUUAUCACGCGGAGUCAUCCAUUUUAAAGUAAACAUCUGUGUUGCUGAUUUGUGGAUCUAGACUCUAGUCUCAGGCUUUUUCCUGAAUGGAAAGGCGCAUCAUGAGCAUUCUUAAUUUCACAGAGCAAAGCCAGUCAUGUAGAUUUGAUAAAGGCAAGGAGUGUGAGUAAACCAUGACAGAGUUGGAAUUUUUGGGUGAACUGUUCCUAAUCCAGAGCUCCAUCCUGUUGUAAAGUCCCAUAUAUUGUGUUCCUCUUAAAUGUGAAAGUAUUAUUUUGUGUAAGAUCAAUAAUGUGUUCUUUUCAUUCAGAAUGCUGGAGCAGUUUCAGAUGUUUUCUUGUGUUUUGCAGUUAUAUUACUUUGCAUAUUUGUUGAAGGCUUGAAUCAUUUUUCUUUUGUUUGUUGGUAAUGUUGUCCUGUGUCAGCAAUGGAUCGGGGUCUGAUGAAGACGGGUGGGGUAUUGUAGUGAAACUACAUCCUAUGAUAUUUCUAUUUAUUUCCAGCUUUUUUGUUCUCGUUAAUGUGUGUGUACUUUGCAUUUUAGACGCCCUGCUUUCUUAAAUGCAGCUUGGAUGUUUUUUGUAUUAGAUCCAGAAUCCCAAACACCAGCUCCCGCCAGUUUUUAAAUGGGAUUUGCAGGGAUAACUUUGUUCAUUUUCAGUAUAUUUCUACUUUUCUACUAGAGGGGGCAGUAUGUUCUUAUCCAUGAGGUCUACAGCAGAUCUGCAAAGCCUUCAGAAUGAGCAUCCACACACAAGCUGAAGUGGCUUGAGAUGAAUUGGAAUUGAUUCACCCGGAAUGGAGUUAAUUAGCAGUUAGGUGAUUUAAAUGUCAUAAGUCUGAAAACUGAUCAGAUAGAAUCUAAUUGAAAUGCGUUUCAUUUAUUUAUUGAGACAUUAUAACAGCACUGAUUGAUUUUAGAGAUCCAGACCUGACCAUUUUUGUGCAGCAACCCAAUUCUAGAAAUUCAAAGUGGGAUUUGUGGAUGUUAUGUUGCACAUCAACACUGCCGGUGGCGUAAGAGCAUACUGCCCUUUGUCCAGCUGACGAGUCCAGCACGUCCAGUUUUUAAAUGUCUAUUUUAAAAUGUUACGCUUUUAUAAUAGUUCAGAUAGUAUCCUGUACAGAGAACGAAGUGUUGUAGUUCGUUCAGUGUGUUGUUUUCUUCAUUGUGGCACUCCUUUCCUAUGCUAAUCUGGGGUGAAGAAUAGACAAGAAUGGUACGUUUCGUCCUCAGAGGAUCUUUUUCUUCUCAUAACAGCCCUCUUUCUUUUGCCAUCACUGGAAAAAAAGACAAAUGUACAAUAUAGCACCAUGCACUGAAUAAACUCCAACUUAGUCACAUUC